GCUUAUAAUUGAGAAUCAUGGGACCUUCAUCCCUUUUUCCUCAGCAAAGCCAAAGUUGACUGUUGACAAUUCUUAUCGAAAACGCCGAUCCUGAAACCGCCAUAAUAUCGGCAAACCAGCGCGACAACGACACACUGCAAAAUCGGCCAGUUUUUACCACGGAACUUGAAUCUUCAAAAUGGCGGAACCGGGAGAGCCGAUCUUGUGGAGUUUGUAUGUCUACGCGCCAAACAAGGCGGCGCCCAUUUUCUUCACUGUCGCAUACGGCAUAUCGGCAGUCUUCCACAUUUGGCAGUGCUACCGCUACAAGGCGUGGAGGCUGAUCGGGCUGCACCCGCUCUGCGCCAUCCUGUUCACGGCCGGCUACGCGCUGCGCGAAUACCAGGCGCAGGACAAUUACCUGUACCUCCUGCACACCAAGGACCCCUUGAUAGUUUUCAUCCUCAGCCAAGUCUUCAUCUACGUUUGCCCUCCGCUUCUCGAGCUCGCAAACUACCACAUCCUCGGCCGCCUUUUCUACUAUGUGCCCUAUUGCGCCCCGCUCCCGGCGAACCGCGUCUUGGCCACCUUUGGCGGGCUGAUGGCGCUCGUUGAGGCGCUCAACGCCGUGGGCGUCGCCCUCGCCGCGAACCCGUCCGGCGAGGCGGCGACCCAGUCCCUCGGCAAGAUCCUGACCAUCGUCGCCAUCGCCAUCCAAGUCGUCGUCAUCGUCAUCUUUGUGGGCAUGGCCGCCAUUUUCCACGUCCGCUUCGCGCGCACCCGGCCGGGUUCCAAGACCGUCCGGACCGUGCUCGCCGUGCUGUACGCCAGCAUGGCGCUCAUCUUUGCGCGCUGCAUCUUCCGCCUGGUCGAGCACACGGGCAACACCAAGAUGGACCUGAACGACCUGGAGGUGCAGAGGAAUCUUAGCCCGCUGCUCCGCUACGAAGUCUACUUUUACAUCUUUGAGUCGUCAUUGAUGCUCCUCAACUCGUGGCUGUGGAACAUUUGGCACCCUGGUCGGUUCCUGCCCAAGGACCAUCAUGUCUUUCUGGGCGAGGACGGUACCGAGGUCACGGGCGAGAAGCACGAGGACUCGAGGCCGCUGUUAGCCAAGACGGCCCAUGUGCUGACGUUUGGCAUCCUGUUCCGCGACAAGAGCCGGGGCGCGCAUUACCGCAGUAUGCAGCACGAGAUGAGCGACUGCGCGCCUGCUAGUGGUCACUCUGCUUGAUUUGCGCCGGAGAGGGUGGUUUGAGCGGUGGGCUGCCCCGUUCACGGUCGGUCAUGGAUCAGGGUGAGCGGUAGUUGUGAUCAGCAAUGGGGGCUUGAAGGAAAACAGUACAAGAGUCGGGCUGCGGAAACGUUGCUGGAGCGACUACAUUGGAUAAUGUAAUGGUAGGGAAAAACAGAGUUAUGUUCGUGGUGUUCUGCCAUGUCUGGAACAGGCGCAAGGGAGGAAGAGAAGGGGCAUUGUAUUGGUGUUUAGUAGUGAGAUUGGUGUUGAAACCUCUAUAUAGAUGUAUUGUACAGCAGAAUGUGUUCAGUUCCUCAAC